GUCGGGGUUGCGAUACAUACCAUCCUCUACGUUCGACAAGUUUAUCCUGCAGAGCUCUUCAUACGGCGAAAGAAGUAUGAUACACCUGUCUAUCAGUCUCGUCAUCCAGGCUUGAACGAAUAUAUCUCUGGGGCCAUCAAAGCCGUGGGACAGGAGUUGAUACUUGGGCACGUAGAUAAAGUGGUCGUCGUCAUCAAGGAUAAACAUGAUGUUGCGCUGGAACGCUUUAUAUUCUCGAUCCAGAAUAUGAUCGAGGUUGAAUCUUAUAACAAAGAUACUAGUAUCGAAGACGCAAUGCCAUCAACCGUCCUCGGACAGUAUUUCCGUUCAUUCCUGAUCAAACUCAACAUGAUCGAAUCGCAACUGGGUGAACUCGCCCCAACUGAUGGAAAUACCUUUGCCAUCCUGCUGGAAUUGCAAGAUAACAAGGCACCAACCGUCGGCUUAUCCAAGGACGACCCUCCUCCAUGGAUGCCGGCGAACAUUGGUGAUACCACAUCAGGGGCAUCCGACGAAGCUGAGCUGUAUAUGGUGCGGGCAGUAGACACAGGAGUGAUCAAUCUGUCUCUGGCUGUCCAAGAAUCAGCAGAGAAGUUACGGAUGCUGGCGGAGGAGAAUGGUCAUACCACCGGCAAGGGAAAGGAGCGCGCAAAGUAG